GUUGCAUGGCUGGUGAAUGUUUACAAACAAAAAGCACGCACCUCUUCAUUUCUAAUCCUGAAGUGCUUAUUUGGAAAUGAACGAAACCAAUGACUUUAUGCACAGGUUGGUGCACCUGGACCUAAAAGGAGCUGCUUUCAAGUUACAGUAUUACGAAAAGCUUUUCCCGUUUCUUAGAAACAUUGGUGCAACUGGUCUUCUCAUAGAAUACGAAGAUACCUUCCCAUAUGAUGGAGAGCUAUCAGAACUCAGGCAUCCCGAAGCAUAUUCGCAAGAAUGCAUUUUACAAAUACAACAAAUGGCAAAACACUCCAACCUUAUCGUGGUUCCCUUGGUACAAACUUUCGGCCACUUAGAAUUCGUUUUGAAGUUGCAGCAGUUCUUUGAAUUCAGAGAGAUGCCUAGAUAUCCAAACGUUCUGUGCCCCACACAUCCAAAGUCUGCAUCACUUGUUCAAGAAAUGGUAUCCCAAGUCAUUCAACAUCAUCCUGAAAUACAGUGGUUCCACCUGGGUGCUGAUGAAGUUUGGCAUCUUGGUCAGUGUGACCGGUGUCAGACAGUGCUAACUGAACAACAGUGGAGCAAGGAUCACUUGUUCCUUGACUACCUUUCCAAGUUGGUCAGGACGCUACAGCAGAAAUAUCCGCACAUUCGCUUCAUCGUCUGGGACGACAUGAUGCGAGAGAUGGAUCCUCAAGUCAUUAGUGGUUGUGGCCUGCACCACCUUGUUGAACCAAUGGUGUGGCAUUACCUUCCGCAGUCUGAAUUCAGGCUGAAACAAAGUUUGUGGGACAAAUACCUGGCUAUUUUCCCCAAGAUAUGGAUAGCUAGUGCAUUUAAGGGAGCAACAAAAAUCAACCAAAUACUGGCACCCCCAUCAUUCCACAUAAGCAACCAUGAGGCAUGGAAUCGGGUUCUUUCCGAGAACUCCUGUUCUUCCAGUUCAUUCAGAGGCAUUGCACUGACUGGGUGGCAGAGGUUUGACCAUCUCACUGUCCUCUGCGAGCUGCUUCCUGUGGCCAUCCCGUGUCUUGCACUAUGUCUCAAGUCAAUCAUCAGUAGGACAGGCUUGACCACUGAAGCCUGCAGUCAGGUGUCCAGAGAGAUUGGCUAUUAUGGCGAUAUUGAACCAGACAUCUACCCAAGGCCCCGCCCUGUGCCACCAGCCCCAACAUUUCCAGGAGGGCAACUCUAUGUCCUAGUCUUACAUUUAGCCAAUGUCAUUGCAGAACUUGAGCAAGUUCUCAUGAAUCCAAGUGUCCAGGGAGGAUUUCACGAAUUCCUGGUCGCACACAAUCGUACAAACCCUCUGCACAUUGACCAGUUUGUCAACACUGCCAGAAAGCUCCUUGUCAACAUUGAAGCUCUCUACAAGGACGUCAGAAAAGAACUAUCCGAGAUCUAUUACCAAAGCACCGUCGAAGAGUGGCUGUCUACGUACAUCAGCCCUUACAGAGACAAGCUGAAAAAGCUGGUUAGUGACGCGGACCUACAGAUUGCCGUCAACGUCCCCAUGUGAGAAGGAUGCCACAAAGAGCCUUUUUUGUGCUCAAAUUGCUACACCAUAUUUAUGCACUUAGCAGACAACCGCCUUAAAUUUUGCAACUUAUUUCUCGUAAGUUCUUCUUGUGGCUGUUGGCAGCAAGUACAUGAUGUGGAUAACCACACAGGCAACAUCCGUAUUAAAUUUAUUGUGGGGAACAAAAAGAGAGAGAGAGAGAGAGAGGACCAUAGAUUAAUUAACAGUGUUGCCCACUGCAAGACACUCUAGUUUGAUGUUUGUUUAUCAUGUUGAACUAUCACUGCUUCCUUGUAAGUGUUACAGACUGAACGAAUUGUGCAAUGUACAGAUUCCAUGCUCGUUGGUGUCAUGCAAGCAAUAGUCGAAGAAACUCUUUUUUGCUUUGCAUCCAUCUUGUAGGUCCUGCACCCCAAAAUACUGGUCAAAAGGGUUGUCUUAUACGUGCAUAGGUAUGGUACACUUCAGCCUUCCCAUCAAACUGUCUGUGAUACAAAAAAAAAACCUGUUUGAGGGUCAUUUACUUGAAUGUUGAGCACCACCUUCAUUUGAUUUCUUGGCAUACUUUUUGUAAUUUAUUUUUGUAGUUAACUUUCUAGUGCUGUACGUGGUCAUAACAUUCGAGCAUAAAAAUACUUCUAAUGUAAAUGCAAAGACAAGAGUUGCUUUCCCACGUUUCCCUAAGCCCUUAUACCUACCGAAUUAUUUUUUGCUGAAAAACCGGCGAAAAUUCUUGCUUCCAAUGAACUCCCAACGGAUAUAGCGGGUGAAGACGGAGAAAAGAACGCAGAACAAAAAUUAGACAAGUGUAAAUUUUCACUGUACGACAUCUCCAGCAGUACAGGAGUAUGUAUGCUGAAAUGUUGCUGCGCAUUGAAUCGCUUCCAAAGAUUUACCCCAAUACUAAGCAGUCAGAAGUCACUUGCAAUUGUCUGUUUGCACCAGGAGACUAACAACGCCACUGAGGUGCAGGCAGAGAAUUAUCUGUCUCCACUUGCAUCCACCUUGACAGGCUAUCAUCUUUAGGGUCGAUUCAGGUAGGCCAGUAUGGAAACAUGUAAGAAUCUUCGUCUUUGACCCCAUUUUUUCUAGAAUAAUCAGUGCAGCGGAAGCCAUCGUUACGACAGGCCACCAAUUAUAAUUAGGGCCUGACUUUUUCGGGUUUUAUUUCUGGCCAAAUUCGGGGGGUAAAUAUCGGGUGAUAUUUUUCAUUUGAAAAUUCGGGUGUAUUCGGGUUAAAUCCCGUUACGGCAUAUUCUGUCGUCAGGAAUUCGGGUGUAUUCGGGUGAUUUUUUUUUUAAAUAAAAAUUUGUCUUAACAUGGAACUAAUGUUUAGCAAUGUUAUCAAAGUUUAUUUUAAUGCACGCUUAUGAGUGUGCCACGCAACCCGGAUGUUUUCGGGUAGAUUCGGGUUAAACCCAAAUUUUACAGAUUUCGUUCGGGGGGUAAAUAUCGGGCGGAUACGGGUUUAACCCUAAAAAGUCAGGCCCUAAUUAUAAUUUUCAGUCAAACUUGGUGGUUUGAAACGAUUUGUUUUGCCUGUAGCCAUGAUGUUGAUGAGCCAAGCUCAUCUCCAGUAGAUGAGAGCGUCGCGCAGCGUGGACAGGCUCGACUCAUCCACAGUAGGCGCGGGGUUAAUAACCAUUAUGCAGAUUGUCUUUAUAACGUGCCAUGGCUCUUCUACUAUUGUGUAUGGGCAAUCAAUCACCAGUGUGUAAGUGAUGAUCACCAGUGUUCUUAUAGUGAAAGAGGACACAAUCUUUUUUUCUCGUCCACGAAAGAAAGAUAUGUAUGAUGCUCACAACUUGUUGAAGCAGCAUGUGUCUGGAAUGUAUCAACAUGUCUCGGUGACACAAUUUUGCUACAACUCUCCGCAGUGCACAAUCGUGUCACGUACGGAAUAACUGAUAAGAAUUGUGCUCACUUUAAGUGUUCAUAUCUAUUGCUCUUUGUUUCUCUAGUAUAGGUAUCAAGGACUCAAUAAACUUGCACGUUAAAGAUCGCAAUCUUAUUUUUUGUUUCGUUAAUGCAGGUAAUUUUUACCUGGGUACGUAAGAUACCAUUAAAAGCAACACACACUACACUGCCAUGUCAAAGUGCAUUUUUACUUUCUGGUAACGAGCACAAUGAUGUUCUGUCAUAAGUUUACAUUUUGCUGAUCUGUACCUGCCAACGUCUAUUAAAGCCUGCUUUUUUUGUGUA